AUGUCUCAAGACGACGUACAAUCUAAUCCCAUCAACAUCUCCAAUAGCAUUGGAUCUUCUACAAGAGUACCCAUUCUUUACAUGCAGGAUUAUGAAGUGUGGGCGCAUCACUUCGAAGAUUAUGUUAUUGGAUCUGAUGAUAAGGAGUAUCUCAUCUGGGAAGCAAUCACGUUGGGUCCUUUUGUUCACUUUGGAACAAAUACAACUGUGAAAACUCAAAAGGAAUACAACAAAUGGACUGCAGACGUGGAUAAGAUUCCUCAGGACGAAAAGGAUAAACUACUGUGCAAUGUCAAGGAAUUAAUAAUAAUCAGAUUCGCUUUACAAGCCAACACCUUCAGGUUAGUGAGUUCAUGCACUUCAUCUAUAGAGAUAUGUGACAGGUUGAAAGAAUUAUAUUCAACCGACGACGAUCUAGAGCACUCCAUUCAAACUCUGCUUCUCUCCGAGUUUGGGGCAUUUACACAAAAGGCUAAAGAAACCUUGCUUCAGAUGUUUGAUCGCUACAAUCAUCUACUCAGCAAGAUGACAAAGCAUGGUAUUGAAAGGAAGAGUAUUGAACAGAAAGUCACGUUCCUGAACAGCUUAAGACCUGAAUGGAUGCCGGUUGUCUCAACUGUGAAGGUGCAUGAACAAUUCAAGGCUUAUUCCCUAGCAAAACUUAUGGGAAUUCUAAAGUCUCAUGAAAUCACAGUGUCAAAACAAGCAAAGUUGGUCCCUGGUGUCGGUUCCCUAGCUCUUGUCUCGAAGAACAAAAAUGUGAUUGAAGAAGAAGAGGAAGAUGACAUGUCGGAGUGUGAUCUUACAAGCAAUGAGUAUGGGAUGAUGGUGUUGAAUCCAAAGAAGUUAGCUUGGAAGAAAUUCCCCGUCAGUAAGAACCGAAACUGCAAGAAUCACUUUGCGAAGGACUGCAUGUUGAAAAAGGUAGCCGAGAGAAGAGAGAGUGAAGAUGAUGAAGCUUAUCAUCUGAGAAAGCUUGAAGAGAUAAAGAAGAAGAAAAUUGGUGCUGGUCCAAUGAAUGCCUUGAUUGUUCAAGAAAAGGUGGUCGAUAACGAAUUUGGCGGAGUUGAAGUGUGGUCCACAGAUUCAGAGGAUGAAGAAGUGAGAAGACCGACACACGGUAAAGCUUUUGUGGCGAGAAAGGAGGAUGAGAAUGUGACUAGAAGAUGCCUAAUGGUGACGGCUGGAGUAUCGACCGAGAGUGAGCCUGAGGAACCAAAUCUGCAUGAAGACAAAUGCUUUGCAGCCAAGCCUGUUAGUGAGAAGAUCAACGACUGCGAUCAUUUGAUCCAAAAGAUCUUAGAUGAAAACGGUAAGUCUAAAAUUAAAACCGAGACCUUAAAAUCAUUUGACUCAUCAAAUGCCAAAUUGAUGACCGAACAUAAGAUGAAUAGUGAUAGUACAUCUAAGUUUGAUGAUGAAAGUGAGAUGAGUGAGAUCUCUGUGGAAGACGUAAUCGAUUGCUCAGAGUUUCUGAAGAGCGAAACCAAGAUAGAAAAGCCACUUAUAUCCGAAAAUUCGGUUGAAUACAUUCAUUUGUCAAAAAAUAAGUCAAAGAAACUCAAAGAAAAAGCAGUGGUCUAUCAAAAAGUUCAAACGGUUCCAAAUCAAGUCUAUGCUGUUAAAGGAGUAAAAGAAAGACAAACAGCAGAACUAAAAUUUUUGAUAGGUCAAGACAACGCUGGAGGUUGUGACGAUUUCUUCUGGUCAGCUCCUAUUGACAAUGCAGAUGAAACUGUUGGCUUAUCAGAGCAAACCUCAUGGAGGGUGAAAGGUAGAUACGUACCUGUAACAUCCCAAAAACACAGUCUGAAAAUUUCGUUUUAA